GCCGCCGUCACUGGGCAGUCAUGACCGAGAAGAUCUAUGAAGAGCGUCGCUCCUCCCAUGAGCUGGCUGUGCAUAACAACAGCUCCAGAGACGUUGACAAGUUCCGCCAUCUUCUGAACACCAAUCCUUCGCUCCUCGGAUGUGCCAACUGUGUCCUCGAGUUCCGUGAGAAUGUUGAUCCGGUCACGAAGAAACGACUCGGUAGCUUCAAGGUGAAGGCCCGUGCAGGCCGCCCGGAAGACUAUGUGUCGUCGUCGACGCACCACGUCUACCUCAAGUACGAGAAAUACCCCAUCGAGCUUCGCGAGGCCAUGGAGUCCUUCAUCAACCAAAUCUUGCCCAUCGAGCAUCAGCGCAAGUACAUUAUGCACCGCUUUGCCUCGUGCUUGAAGGGUGUCUUGAGCGAGCAAGUCUUUACGCUUCUCCAGGGCAAAGGCUCCAACGGCAAGUCCAGUCUGAUCCGAUUCCUUCGCCGCGCUACCGGGGAUUACUUCAAAACCUGCAGCGUUUCCCUGUUUACGGAGAAGAGGGGGGAUCCGUCAAGACCGUCGCCCGAUCUCCUGCGCCUGAUCGGUUCGCGCAUUGUCGUUUGUCAGGAGCCCAACCGAGACGAUACUUUGCUCCUAGGAACGCUCAAGUCCGUCACCGGUGGUGACAUCAUGACCGGUCGCCAGCUCUUUGUCAAUGACGAAGUCGAAUUCCUACUUGCCUGCGGCUUCUUCAUGAUGUGCAAUGACAUUCCCAAGAUCGAUGCGAGCACACAGGACGAAGGAACGUGGAGACGGCUGAUUAUUGAAAAGUUCAGCAGCACCUUUAUCCCUCCAAACCACCCGACACGCAUCCCCGAUCCCGACAACUAUGUCUUUGCCGGCCGCAGCGAUGUCGACGAAUCCAUCAUCUCCUGGGCGCCCAUGUUCCUGAGUUACCUGGUCGAGCAGCUCAAGCGCCCGCCUCCUCCUUUGCCGCAAGAGUUCCAGAAGACGGUCGACGACAUCCGAUGCCAGAACGACACUGUGGCCCAAUUCAUCCAAGAGUGCGUUAACAAGCAGGCAACCCGAGACCAUAGCCCCGAUCGCAUCGCAUUCCACCGCAACGACGUCUGGAACAAGUACUCGAGCUUUAUGCGCAAUCGCAACAUCAGAAUCAACAGCACCGGGCAGGCCUUUAGCAAGUUCUUUGCCAAAUUCGAGGAGCAGCUGGGAAUCCAGGGACGAGACCAUGAGGGAGCCUUCGUCUAUGACUUGGUCGUUACCGCGGCGGUCUGGGACUCGCUCUAGUGUGUGUAUGUGUUUUCAGUAAUUUCAGUGCCAAUGUUAAAG